AUGAGCGAAGAGCCACCUGCCACCUCCAGCUGGCUGACCCCUGACCCCACAUCAUGGGCCAGCGGAGGUGGGGGACCGACGGACAACAGCACCGGCCUGGGGAUGUUUCCAGAGGACUCCCUCCCGCCCAGCCAGUUGCCCCUGCUGAUCAACCCCUGGGACAUUGUGCUGUGCACGUCUGGGACUCUGAUCGCCUGUGAGAACGCCCUGGUGGUGCUGGUGAUCUGGCAGAACCCGGCGCUCAGAGCUCCCAUGUUCCUGCUGAUCGGCAGCCUGGCGCUGGCCGACCUACUGGCCGGCCUGGGCCUGGUGCUCCACUUCACCUGUGCCUACUUGCUCCAAUCCGACUCGGCCCAGUUGCUGACCGUGGGCCUGGUGGUGGCCUCCUUCUCCGCCUCCGUCUUCAGCCUGCUGGCCAUCACCAUUGACCGCUACCUGUCGCUGUACUAUGCCCUCACCUACAACUCGGAGCGGACGGCGGCCUUCACCUACACCAUGCUGGUGCUUCUGUGGGGCCUCUCCCUGUGUCUGGGCCUGCUGCCGGUCACGGGGGUCAACUGCCUGGCAGAGGAGGCCACGUGCAGCGUGGUGCGACCUCUCACGAAGAACAACAUCGCCGUGCUGUCCGUCUCCUUCCUGCUGCUCUUCGGCCUCAUGCUGCAACUCUACGUCCAGAUCUGCAAAAUCGUGAUGCGCCACGCUCACCAGAUCGCCCUCCAGCACCACUUCCUGGCUGCCACACCCCACUACGUCACAACGCGGAAGGGCGUGUCCACCUUGGCAAUCAUCCUGGGUACCUUUGCCGCCUGCUGGAUGCCGUUCACGGUCUACUCUCUCAUCGCUGACUACACCUACCCUCCCCUCUACACCUACGCCACGCUGGUGCCUGCCACCUACAACUCCGUCAUCAACCCGGUCAUCUACGCCUUCAGGAACCAGGAGAUCCAGAAGGCGCUGUGGCUGGUGUGCUGCGGCUGUAUUCCUGCCAGCGUGGCCCACCGUGCACGGACCCCCAGUGACGUCUGA